UCGCUUUCCCAGUGUGCUUCACGGCCCGGCAGGCUGUACUUGGACAACUAGUAGCACAGCCAUGGAGCAACAGAGUCCCAACAAAGAUGAGAUACAGAGGGACAAGUCGGAACGGAGCGGACCUGCAAAUGUUGCCAAAGACAAAGAUAAGAAAGAAGAGCAAGAACUGUCUGAAGAAGACAAGCAAUUACAGGAAGAGCUGGAAAUGUUGGUAGAGAGAUUAAGCGAAGGAGAUUCGUCCCUCUACCGGCCAGCCCUGGAAGAACUGCGCAGACAGAUUCGAUCCUCCACCACUUCAAUGACAUCAGUGCCCAAACCUCUCAAAUUCUUACGUCCACACUAUGGCAAACUAAAGGAAAUCUAUGAUCGCAUGGCUGUAGGUGAAAACAAGCGUUUUUGUGCAGAUGUUGUAUCUGUCCUGGCAAUGACAAUGAGUGGUGAUCGGGAAUGUUUGAAAUACCGACUUCUGGGCUCUCAGGAGGAGCUGGCAUCUUGGGGUCAUGAAUAUGUCAGGCAUUUGGCAGGUGAGGUGGCAAAGGAGUGGCAAGAAUUAGAUGAAAAUGAUAAGGUGCAACAGGAGACUCUGCUUAAGCUGGUUAAGGAAAUUGUUCCCUACAACAUGGGUCACAAUGCAGAGCAUGAGGCAUGUGACUUGCUAAUGGAGAUUGAGAAGCUAGACAUGUUGGAGCUAUACAUAGAUGAGAAUGCCUAUGCCAAAGUCUGCCUCUACCUGGCCAGCUGUGUCAGCUACGUCCCUGAACCUGAAAACUCUGCACUUCUGAAAUGUGCUCUGCAUAUAUUCCGCAAGUUCAAUCGCUACCCAGAGGCAUUGCGCCUGGCAUUGAUGCUAAAUGAUAUGGAGCUGGCAGAGAAUAUCUUCACAUCCUGUAAAGAUAUUGUCAUCCAGAAGCAAAUGGCCUUUAUGCUGGGUCGCCAUGGUGUUUUUCUGGAGCUUAAUGAGGAUGUGGAAGAUUAUGAAGACUUGACAGAAAUCAUGUCCAAUGUGCAACUCAACAGCAAUUUCUUGGCUCUGGCAAGAGAGCUUGAUAUUAUGGAACCCAAGAUUCCAGAUGAUAUCUACAAAACACAUCUAGAAAACAACCGGUUUGGUGGAAGUGCAUCUCAGGUGGACUCAGCUAGAAUGAAUCUCGCAUCUUCCUUUGUCAAUGGAUUUGUCAAUGCUGCUUUUGGCCAAGACAAACUUCUCACUGAUGAUGGAAACAAGUGGUUAUAUAAAAACAAAGAUCAUGGUAUGCUAAGUGCAGCUGCUUCCCUUGGCAUGAUACUGCUGUGGGAUGUAGAUGGUGGACUUACCCAGAUUGACAAGUAUCUGUACUCUGCAGAGGAUUACAUCAAGUCUGGUGCACUGUUGGCUUGUGGGAUCGUUAACUCUGGAGUGAGAAAUGAAUGUGAUCCAGCAUUGGCACUGCUCUCUGACUAUGUACUGCAUAACAGCAACACUAUGAGGAUUGGGGCCAUUUUUGGCCUAGGUCUUGCAUAUGCUGGGUCCAACCGGGAGGAUGUCUUGUCCCUACUUGUGCCUGUCAUGGCAGACCCCAAAUCCAGCAUGGAGGUUGUUGGUGUAACAGCACUAGCUUGUGGAAUGAUUGCCGUGGGCUCCUGUAAUGGAGAGGUGACAUCUACAAUUGUGCAGACAAUCAUGGAAAAAUCUGAGCAGGAGCUGAAAGACACAUACGCCAGAUGGCUACCCCUUGGACUAGGCCUCAAUCAUUUGGGUAAAGGAGAAGCAAUUGAGACCACAUUGGCAGCCCUGCAGGUUGUUCCAGAGCCUUUCCGUAGCUUUGCAAAUGCAUUAGUGGAUGUCUGUGCUUACGCAGGAUCUGGUAAUGUGCUAAAGGUGCAGCAGCUACUUCAUAUUUGCAGUGAGCACUAUGACUCAAAGGAUAAGGAGGAAGACAAGGAGAAGAAAGAUAAAAAAGAUAAAGAGAAGAAAGAGAGCUCAGCUGACAUGGGCUCUCAUCAGGGUGUUGCAGUUUUGGGCAUUGCAUUGAUUGCAAUGGGAGAAGAGAUUGGAGCAGAAAUGGCCCUGAGGACCUUUGGCCACCUGCUGAGAUAUGGAGAACCUGCACUUCGACGGGCAGUACCCCUCGCUCUUGCCCUUAUCUCAGUUUCCAACCCCCGGCUCAACAUCUUGGACACUCUUAGCAAGUUUUCGCAUGAUGCUGAUCCUGAAGUCUCUUACAACUCUAUCUUUGCAAUGGGACUUGUUGGAAGUGGCACAAACAAUGCCAGGUUGGCAGCCAUGCUCAGACAGUUGGCACAGUAUCAUGCUAAGGAUCCAAACAACCUGUUCAUGGUCAGACUGGCACAGGGCUUGACCCAUCUGGGCAAAGGAACUCUAACCCUCUGCCCUUACCACAGUGAUCGGCAGCUGAUGAGCCAGGUUGCUGUGGCUGGUCUUCUGACCGUUCUUGUCUCCUUCCUGGAUGUCAAAAACAUUAUUCUAGGCAAGUCACACUACGUUCUGUAUGGAUUAGUAGCAGCAAUGCAGCCACGCAUGCUGGUGACAUUUGAUGAAGAGCUGAGGCCCCUACCUGUGUCUGUCCGAGUGGGUCAGGCUGUUGAUGUUGUUGGCCAAGCAGGAAAGCCAAAAGCCAUUACUGGAUUCCAGACCCACACUACGCCAGUGCUUCUUGCUCAUGGAGAGCGGGCAGAGCUUGCAACAGAGGAAUAUAUGCCUGUCACACCUAUCCUAGAGGGAUUUGUUAUCUUGCGUAAAAACCCAAAUUAUGAUGCCUAACUGCCCAGGAGAUUUAUAUGGUUAUGAACUCUUCUUUUUCCACGAAAGAUGGCCAGAUGUCGAUGUUUCAUGGAGAAAUCAACAACCACAAUCUGUUUUCAUUUGGUUAAUUUGUUUCAGUUUGCUUUUUGUAAGAAUAGCAUGCUAUCUUAUGUUAACAUUUUUUGUUACAGUACAAAAAAAAAUAAAAAAACUUGUUUCUUU